GUCACCUGAGAUAAGCCCAGACCUGGCUGGCCCGUAUCUGGAAGUCCGGGCGCCGUUUUCCUUCCUUAUGGACUAUAUAUAGUACAGAGACUUGGCAGUUCCCUUGUUUACGACCUCCCACAGCCUCUGCUCUAUUUUUCCAUUUAUUUCUGUCUCACGUACACAGAUGUUUCUGUUAUUCGUAUGAUCACAUUUAGUCCUAACGGGCUUUUUGUAGCCGCUCAGGGACUGUGGUGAGCGGUGCCCACCACGUCAUCAGUUACCUUUGUAUAUUCUCAUCACUGUGGCUCCGCUGAUCUUAAACAGGGAAAACCUGAAACAUUGAUGUUCACACACCGUGCAGCCCUUCUCCUGCUCAGCAGAGCCUGGAAUCAGCCGACGCUGAAGAGGACCCUGCAGUGGGCUUUGUCAUUUCAGUCUUCAGAAGACCGUGCCAUCUUCCCGACUGAUGAAGAGCGAGACGUGUGGUCCUGGAGUUCUGGGCGAGGCUGACACGGGGGAAACAGCCACGUCCAGCUAGAGCACCGGCAGCAGUCAUGGGACGCUGAAGCUCUGGUCCAGUGGUGUUGGCUCUCCUGCUGUGUACACAGAGGUCAUCUUGGAAGAGCAGGGGCCCGGGUUUAUGGCAUUUCCUCCCCGUGGCCUGCCACAUAGCGCAGGAUGAGCGGAAAGUAGACGUGGCCGCAGACGACUUCUUGCCGAACCCAGACUCUUGCCUCCAGGCACCCAUGAGAAGCGGGGUGGACAGGAAGAAGCUGGAGCAGCUGUAUGACAGGUACAAAGACCCACAAGAUGAAAAUAAAAUUGGAAUUGAUGGGAUUCAACAGUUUUGUGAUGACCUGAGCCUAGAUCCUGCCAGUGUCAGCGUUUUGGUCAUAGCCUGGAGGUUCGGGGCGGCGACACAGUGUGAAUUUAGCAAAAAGGAGUUUGUGGCUGGUAUGACAGAGCUUGGGUGCGACAGCACGGAGAAGCUGCGGGCCCUUCUGCCAAGACUGGAGCAGGAGCUGAAGGAUCCGGUGAAGUUUAAGGACUUUUACCAGUUUACCUUUUCCUUCGCUAAGAACCCCGGGCAGAAGGGUUUAGAUUUAGAAAUGGCUGUUGCAUACUGGAAUUUAGUAUUACCUGGGAGGUUUAAAUUUUUAGAUCUCUGGAACUCCUUCUUACUGUUCCAGAUUCAUCCUGAAGCCUCCACUGUCCCUAAUGUCCAGCAGCGCAUGUGGUGCGGCUCGGUCCGCGCCAGACUGCAGACCAGGCCAACUGGACGGUCAGACUCCGGAGGGUCAGGAGCGUGGCCUGUCCUCAUCGAUGAUUUCGUGGAGUACGCGCGGCCCGUUGUCACGGGCGCCAAGCGCAGCCCUUUCUAGGCAGAAGAUUAUGAUGUGUCGAGAUGCCGAGAGGAGGUGCCUCCCGCACAGGGACGCUUUGCCGAUCGAUGUGCCCGGGACGCUGGCCCUGGUGGUUGCUCUCGCCAGCCGGGAUGCUGGAUUGACCUCCCCGGGCUGCAGAAAGGGCUGAGCUGGAUGCCGGAAGGAGCGCCUCAGAAGACGCUGCUUUGGAACGCCGGCCGUGGCGUCCAGCCCACUUUAGGAGUCCAGUUAGUCAGUCCCCGUCCGUCCGAUGAGGGGACCGUUGCAUGGUCUGCAUGCUACUCGAGAAAAAGGAACCGGGGCUGUUUGCAGAGCGGCCGGGCCUUCUGCCGCGUUCAUGAUGUACCGUGAUCGCCAGUGGUGACCACGGCUCCCGCCAACUGCUGUCCUCCCCGUCACCCCCAAAGAGGUGUGACCGUGUCCUCGGGCAUGCCGUGCACUUUUGCUAGUCAGAGCCGCUGCCCGGCUACCCUAACGAGCCUCUGCAGGGAUCCCAACAUUUUAUAAACCUGGUGCCGGGAUUUCAAGAUUUCUAUUUUCUCAAUACCAAUGUCUAGAUUUAUUAGAUCUAUUUUUAUUCUAAUUCCCCGUAGAUGCUCACGUGAAAGUCAUUCGGUGGUUCUCGGUGUGUGGCGGCUUGUGCACUCACGGCACACGUGGGCUGUGACUCCAGGACGCAACUGUCAACUGUGACAAGUCGUGGGGCUUUUCCUUCCAACGUCAUUUGAAUGAGUUUCCUAAAAAGUUUUGUAAAGUAUGUUUUUUUUUUUAAAUGUAUUUUAUAACAUUUAAAAAGACAUUUUUCCAUAUAAAGUUUUUCUUUCACAAGCAACGGGUUAUGCAUUGGAACGGCAUGUGACUUGCGUCCCUGCAGCGGUCUGGGAGGCCUGUCGCCCACCCCAGGGCCGCGUGUGUGUUGCCUACGUCUCGUCACCUGUCACCCGUGCGGAGACCUCCACCUCGUCUCUGCUGGAAGCCCGAGCUUGGCACGUCGCUGUCUGAUUCUUUGUUGUCUGCUGGCAGAGGAGAUUGUCCCGCGAGGCCCGCAGCCGGCCGGCUGAACGUGGAAGGCCCGUCUGGAGAAAGCUGCGUGUUCUAAAAAUCACAGUGUGGACCGUACCUCGUGCGGAAGGAGCUUCACGUCAUGAGUUCACAGGACAGACGAGUUGGCGUCACUUCACAGGAGGGAGGAAGUUCGCUUCGGGUCCUCCGUAUGUGGACAGUGUCCUGCCAUGUGUGCUUGAGUUGGCGUUUCCAGAAGCAUCCGGGCCAGCGGGGGUUUGCACACCUGCUGCGUGGGAACUGGGUGUGCUUUAGGAGGGAGUCUUUCGAACACACAGCAGGCUGUGGAGGGCAGGAAAGAGGGCUCGGGGCCUGGACGCCACCGUCAGGGCCGCGGUGGCCCCUCGCGAGACUCACGACCGAGUCGUGCAGCUUCUCCUGGGCCUGCACAUCCGCCGCUGCACAGGAACAAACGGCCGUCUCUGCUUGUGAGCCGGGGUUUCGGAGAGAGCCUGGUUUUAUAGAAUAAACACCUCCACAAGUUUGAGGCAUCCUUUGGGGUCGCGGCUUCCUGCCAGGUAAGUGUUCUGCUCCGAGAGGCUGUGGAGCGUGGUCAUCUCGCACAGACCCCAGGGUCCCUGGCAGCUGCUACUUCUCAAGACUCAGUGUGGCGGGGCUCCUGUGGCCGCUCGUGGGGACGCAGCCGAGCCUUGGGGCUCAGGCAGAGGCUCUGCAGAGAGCCGGGCUGCUUUUUCUUGUGUGUAUUUAAGGCUUAUGUGCAAGUGCUGGGGGCUUCAGAAACAUUAAAAUAAAUUAUUUUCUCUGGU